AUGGAACGUGGUAAGGUAGAGAUAGUUUCGGCAGAUGAGUUAAGUGAAGUAGAUUCAUCUUUCAACCAACAAGAAAGUCCGCGUUUCCCUCCAUGGACGAGUUCACAGAUCAAUGCAAUGAUUUUGCCUCAAACUCGCAACAUUUGUGAUAAUACACAGUUGUCGACUUUAAAUGACGAAAUGUGGAAUGGACGUGAGACUAGACCGUCAGCGCCAUUGUUAACACCAAUGUCAGAACCGAAUAUGAGACAAAUUCAGCAAUGUGACACAAAUCGGACACAGGAAACUGACAAACUGGACCGACUAUUAGAGUUAUUUGCAGACAUGAAACGAGACGUUAGUCAAAAAAUUGAAGCAAAACUGGACGCACUUGGUCAGGACUUUAAACAAAGGCUAGAUAAAAGCGACGAAAAAUUUGACGUAUUAAACCGUACUAUGACCGAAAAUUUUGAACGAACGACAAAACAGAUGACAGAAUUAAAUAACACCACUCAAAAGCUCAGCCAGAGAUUUGAAACUUUGUCCAACCAAGUCAGUAAACAGGAAGAAACUUUGGUUACAUUCACACAUGAAACAAAAAACAGUAUCACCCGAUGUGAGAAUCAGUUAACUCAAAUAGUUAAUGUGCAGCAGGAAGUGAACACCCGUGUGGAAGAGUUAGCUCAGGCCCACACUUCAGCUAGCUCCACCCAAGAAAAGCUGACUGAAGAAGUCGGAAAUAUUACCCAACAGCUCACAAUGGUAGUUCUUGAACAAACCCACCUCAAAGAAAAGAUAGAAAAACUAGAAGAUCGAGCGGACCUCACGUCACUAAACAACGACACCAACAUGGCCGAAAGAAUUGUACAUGAAUGUAAAUUGUGUGACGACUACCUGGACAAAAAACUUGAAACAAUUACACAGGACAUACUUUCAAAAACAAAGACACAUACACUGUACUGGUCCAAACCAGCCGACUUGCCAGCGAUAAUUGACACUUUAAAGAGCCACUUACCCUUUCCAUACCGAGACAGAUUAAUAGGAGUACCGGUGAAUGACGUUAAGACCUUCUUAAACUUCUUAGAUCAAAUGGACGUAGUUUACAGAGGCGAUUCACGCCAUUCAAAUUUUACGCAUGUUAGUAAACAAAAUCAGUACCCACCCCAAUGGAACCGUAGUGACGGUGGUUGGUGGAACCAUCCGCCUGCGCGCGAAACAUAUUCAAAUGGAAACGCGUAUGACGGUAGGAACAACCGCACAAAUUCGUGGAAUAAUAAUAACAACAAUAAUUAUCACCCAUAUCAAAAUGGUAACUACAUGCAAAAUGAAAAUCACAGACAGUACAACAACAACAGCAAUAGGAGACGUGAGAAGAACCGGUACAACCCGGGCUACUUUGACAGGAACAUGACAUAUAACAGACAUAAUUACCACCAAAACAAUAACAAUCCCAACAAUCACCGACAGAAUAUGUGGAACACACAACAUUCACGCAUGACAAAUCAUAACCCUCCACGGAAUCCGCCGCCGUUCCCCAGUACAGUUAUGCACUCCCCGCCACGAAGUAGCAAUAACAAUUGCGGCGCGCCAUCAGCUGACGCGUGGGCGCCAACCGGCCGGAAUGUAAACAUAGUGGAGCUGGUCAAUGAACCCGGCCAAACACAGCAGACGACGGAAAACAGUCGACGACCGAGCUAA